AAACUGAGGUGGAAACAAACAUUUUAAUGUAAUAGUACAAAUCUGCAAUUCCAGGUUUUAUUAAUUUGGUCCCUUAUCUCAAAGUUGGUAAACAUAACGUUUUUUAUUUUGUUUCGGAAAAGGCAAAAAUGUUUAAAGUAUUUGCCACGGUCAUCAUUCCGCUCUCUUUCCUCACGGAAGUGGCGCUCUCUGCUCUCCUCAUCAACCAGACCCCUCCACACCUCAUCAGGACACCUGAACACAACGAGUCACACCUGGACUGCUACCAUGGUGAUAACGACUACCCAUACAUGCUGUGGUAUCAGCACAAGGGAGGACAGAAGACCAUGGAACUCAUCGGAUAUCUGCACUACAAGAAGCCGACCAUGGAGAAGAACUUUGAAGCGCGGUUCAACCUGAUUGGUCACUCCAAGGCCAAGGCGUCCCUGGUAAUCUCUGGCGUCGUCUCCUCAGACAGCGCUGUGUAUUACUGUGCAGCCAGUCAGCACAGUGCUGAACAUUCAGUCCCUCCCCGAACAAAAAGCUCCUGGCGCGGUCGCCUCGGCGGCGUCACACCUGCGUCUAACCACCGCCUCCGCUCUCUAAAAUUAGAAGAAGAAAGGAUGGUCGACAGGUGGUCUUCAGGCAAACCAGUCGGCACCCAAGCUUCCCGGGAGGUGUUUUUGAGGAGGUGUUCUGGACGGCAGCAGAAUGUUCCAGUCACAGCGAUUAGUCUUGGAGAGCCUGGAAGGAGGCGUUCGUCUCAGCUGUGGCCAAACCAAUUCCGGGGACUUCUACAUAUAUUGGUACCGAAGGACAGCACAGAGCCGAGCCCUCACGUUACUGGCCUACUUGUACAUAGGCGCGUCCAACCAAACAACUGACUUUGCAAACCUUCGCUUCGCUAUCGACGAAAACGGAGACAGUCGAGGAGACCUGCAGAUACGGUAUCUUACCAGGAAAGACUCUGGGGAG